AUGGAGCCGGCGGACGGGCCAGCAUAUACACCGGCGACCUGCGGCUUGGAAGAGAGCCAUGUCAUCUACCUCAACCAGAAUCGGCUCACGUGCGCCGACGUGCUGGCAACGACGGUCACGGUCGAGAAGCUGCUCGUGCCCCAGACCAGCCUCCACGAGCUCGGCGCGCGGCAGCAGAGCACGAAGAAGCUCAAGUUGCCGCCACCAGCCGCGCCCAUGACACUGCCCAUGCCCCGGAAACGCAUGAACAAAAUCCUCAUGGACGAGCGUGACGCCUUCUUGAAGCAACUCGUUGCGGACCGCGAAGCCCGCGCCGCGCGCGAGCACUGGGCGAGCACGCGCAUCCAGUCCAUUUUUCGAGGGUACCGCCACCGACCACGGCCGCUCCACGGCUACGAGCGCAAGCGGCGCACCAACGUCAUCGUGGCCAUUCGACGCGACCUCCAAGACAUGCAGCGCAUCUUGGUCCACACACCGUCCGCGACGCUCGGCGAUGGGGGCAGCACCCUCCCGACAUGGCGGCGAGAAGUGCAUGCACACGCCAUGGGCAAGCGCGAAGCCAAGCAUCGCCGCGACCGCCUCGCGAGCGCCGCCACCAAGAUCCAAGCGUGCGUCAAGCGGUUCCUGGCGCGCGUCGGCUAUGGCCAUCUCGUCUCGCGCCGCAUGGACGAAAUUGUCCUCGUCUCUGCGGUUGUCAUUCAGGCGUCGUUCCGGGGCUACGUGGUGCGGAAGCAAACCGCGCUGGAGCUCGUGGCGCUGCAGUCGAUCGCGAUCGUUCGAAUCCAGGCCCUCGUGCGCGCAUCUCGAACGAGCGUCUCGGCGGUCGGCGCAUGUCGCUUGAGUUGGUACGACGUCGAGAAGAUGCGAUACAUGGAACGGUGUUAA